GUGUGCAAACACACUGGCAGCUGGUAACAUUUCGCCGCUCUCAGCUACGUCAACAACUGCGUAUGUAUCUGGCACUUGCCGUCGCCUGUUAUGGACGGAUGGUAGUUGCAACAUUAGGCUGAACAAACGCGAUUCAAUAAAAUUCAGUACCUAUUGUUAUUGCCCAUCUGGUUAACAGAACUAUUAAAUAAAAAAAAUUGUCUAUACUUCAUACGGAGCUACUGCAUUCUAGAUUAAUACUUAGCUGCACUUAUCAAAAACAUCUACGUGUACAUAUCUCUCGUUGUGCCUGCGCCAGCAUAUACAAAUUACAACAAUACGUUCCAUUUUCCGUCAUUGUGUUUCGGAAGCUGGCUACUUGGAAAAAGAUUAGAGCGAAAUGUUAAAGAUACAGUUUCAAAGUUUGUCAACACGAAAUAUUGGUGUUUUGUUCGCAAAGGACCGUACAUUUCGAUUGGGAUCUACAAACAGCACACUGAGAAAUUCACAUACUGAAAGCAAUCAGUUCAGCAAGCUGAAAAAUACUCUUCUUUACGGGUGUUUAGCACUGGGUGGUGUUGUAGCUGGUUUUUCUUUGUACGAACACAAAUAUAAAUUACUUAAUGUGAAUUUAAGUGGUUCUCAAAAAAUAAAUAAUUCCAUCACAGAAUUGAAUGGGGAUAAGCCAAUCUGGCAUACGAUUCGACGCUCUGAUUUGCCAACUUAUAAUGUGGAAGAAAUACAAGUUCAUUGCAGCGUUGAUAAACGUGUUUGGGUAACAUAUGGUAUCGGAGUGUACGACAUAACCGAAUUCAUAGCCGAACAUCCGGGCGGUGAAAAUAUUAUGUUGGGAGCAGGUAGUGCAAUUGAUCCAUUUUGGGCCAUUUAUCAGCAACACAAUAAUAAAGAAAUUUUAACACUUUUGGAGCUUUAUCGGAUCGGAAACUUAUCUCCUGAAGAUAAAGUAAGCACAGAAGACAUGGGUUCACCUUGGGCCCACGAGCCCAGACGUCAUCCUCUACUAAAUCCAACAUCUGAGAGACCAUUCAAUGCUGAGCCACCAAUGAAGCUUUUAGGAGAAAACUUUUUUACACCGAAUGAAUUUUUUUACGUUCGAAAUCAUUUGCCGGUUCCUCUUAUAGAUGCCAACAAAUUCGAGCUCGAGGUUUCAAUUGAAACGACCGAGUCGGGCAUGAAGGAGCAGUCAAAAUCAUUGACAUUAGCAGAUAUCAAACGAAUGCCAAAAUACACAGUGACCGCAGCGGUAAUGUGCGGUGGUAAUCGUCGUUCGGAAAUGACGAGGGUGAAAUCUGUAAAAGGUCUCUCUUGGAAUGCGGGGGCUGUGGGUAACGCAACUUGGUCCGGUGCUCGCUUAAGGGAUGUUCUGUUGGCCAUGGGCGUUGUCCCUAAUGAAAAUCUUCAUGUUGUUUUAGAAGGUGCUGAUCUAGAUCCAACCUCGCAUCCAUAUGGAGCAUCGAUUCCCUUGUCAAAAGCAAUGGAUGAACGCGGUGACGUCAUACUAGCAUACGAAAUGAAUGGUAAAGUAUUGAGUCGUGAUCACGGCUACCCGCUGCGGUGCAUUGUUCCCGGAACUGUGGGUUCUCGCAAUGUGAAAUGGUUAUCACGUAUCGCUGUGUCUGAGAACGAAUCCAACUCACAUUGGCAGCAAAACGAUUACAAAGGAUUCAGCCCAAGUACAGAUUGGGAUACAGUUGAUUUUUCAAAAUCACCAGCUAUACAGGCAAUGCCUGUGACUUCAGCAAUAUGUUCGCCUGUAGAUGGGGAUGCGCUCAUAAUCAAAGAUGAUGGAUAUUUAACUGUGCAUGGUUACGCUUGGUCAGGAGGUGGUCGUCGUAUCGUACGUGUUGAUUUGACUAUUGACCAAGGGAAAACGUGGCAUGUGGCCGAAUUACAACAGGAGGAUCAUCCCGAUGGUCGCCAUUAUGGUUGGUCACUAUGGACUGUACGGAUACCGAUUGAAAAUACAACUUCUUCCGAAGUAGAAAUCUGGGCCAAAGCUGUUGAUUCUGCUUAUAAUGUUCAACCAGAAAAUUUUGAAAACAUUUGGAAUUUGCGUGGAGUGCUAGCAAAUGCUUAUCAUCGCAUAAGAGUGAAAUUAAUUUAGGCCGUCAAAAAUCCCAAAUAAAUUUCCUUUAUUAAUUGGAAAGAUUUACUACAAUGCAAAAAUUUUAUUUUUUAUUGCCACUCGCCAUCAAAAGACUGUAAUACACAUAGGAAAUAAAGUAAGUAAGAGCGU